CACCGCCGAACGGAUCGCAGCAGGAAAGGCUAUAAAUACACACGCAUCGCGCGCGGGGUAAACAAACUUGACCUCAGCGGAAUUCUUAUCGGCGUAUAUACACGGAGUUUGAGGUUAUGUCGCGCCUACGCACUCUGAAUUCGGUGUAUUGUGCCUUGCACGGCUGACGUGCGCGCGGAGGCGGCGAUUUUUCGCUCGCAGACGGCGAUUUUUCGCUCGCAGGCGGUAAUGAAAGAUUUGCCAGAAUUCAACAUGCCGGAUGAUGUAAUAACAAAGAGACGCGUCGCUGUAAUAAUUACUCGCUCGCUUCUAGCGCAUAAUGCGAGUCGCUUGCAAUAAUUCUGUAAAAACCUAAUGCAUUCAGUUGUGUAGCAUAUGAAUGCGAUUGUCAUUUAAAGAGUGUAUAUGUGUGUAAUGUAACAUAUAUCUGUAUCAUCCACAAACCGGUUUAUUCAAUAAUCAGGCGUUGAGUACUGGCGUUAAUCAGCUAUUUGAAGACUGUGAAUACGAGUGCUGUGUAUUUGGCUUGGGUGAUAGUUUAAAGACUGCAGUGGAAGAGAGAUUUUGAUGCGAUCCGAAAUGAAGUGGACAACCGGUGCUCCCUUUAACGAACAAGUGGGCGAACUCACUCGUGUAUUUUCUCAAUGGAACGAGUGCGAACAGACUGUCGUUCUCUAUGCAUUGUUGCGUCGCAUACCCGCAGUUCAGGCGAGGUUCCUCGCUCAAGCGGUGCAACAUUCUCUGCACUCUGUGUCCGAAUUGGACACAAAGGAAAUAAAUGCCAAUAAUCCAAGUUACAUCAACUCGCUGCUGACAGAAUCGACAGAAGUUGCGAUCAAUCAGCUUCUGACGCAUUUGCCCCUGCUAAGGCCCGGGAAUAUAGAGUGCAAACAAAGCUAUCUAGUAGCAAUACCUGAAUUAGUGAGCCAUUGUGUGAGCACCGGGCAGUUUACAGAACAAACCCAGCAACUUUUAAGCUACACCCUGAUACAUCCAGCUAUAACUAGUCAAGACAGACGUUCUUUAACUCAGUGGCUCAGACAUUUGGAAGAUCGUAUCAGUGGUACACCAUCGAUUACCGGUUUCGAAGAUUAUCCAAAUACUCCAAUCAAAUGGGAAACUCCAUGGCAGAGGAAUUCCAAGCAGCAUGAUGAUCAGACGAAUCUAUUUAAUAUGGCUAGAUCUCCAUUUGUACAAUUUCCAGUAUCCGUUAAUCGUCAACGUCGUUCAAACAGCCUGACGCCACCUGUGGCACCGUCGCAUCAUCUCGAAAUCGUUGAGCGUACCAACGCAAACAAUUCAUCCAGACACAAGCCACGCAGCUUCAGUGUCUCCGGAGAUCAUACCAGCAAUAUUAUUGGUUUGGGUCCAUUGAGCCCGCAAAGUUCCUGCGCGAGUAGCGGUAGCGAAGGUCGUUUGGAUGAUGCUUCAAAUCGUUCGCUCGCUAGCGGCAUGAGAGAUGUACACGCAUGGCUUAAAACAUUACGUCUCCAUAAGUACAGCUACUUAUUCGUUAACAUGAGUUACGAGGAUAUGUUGCAAUUGACGGAGGAUCAAUUGGCGGAGCAAGGAGUUACGAAGGGCGCGAGGCACAAGCUGGCUCUUUCGAUUGCUAAACUGCAGCAGCGAUACAACACGCUUUUGAAUCUCGAGAAAAGUCUCAUGCCUAACGUCCAUGAUGGCACGCAGAACACCUCGUUCUCGCAGGGUUCGUCACUACUCAUCAAUACGGUGGACGAGCUGAAAACAAUAAUAGCCACUCCCAUGAAGCCGAGUCAGGAAAACGAUCAGCAAGAUAUCCCUGCGCAGUUUACGAAAGUGCUCGGAAAGUUGUGCAGUAGAUUGGUUCUGAUGGAAAAUAUGGAGGAUGGUAUUCUGUGCGGAUGCGUCAACAUCUUGGAGAAAGUAUUGCAACACGACUGUUUUACCCCGAAUCAGAAGGAGAAAGUGCAGCAAUGGCGCAGCCGACUUGGCAAUCCGCGACCAACUCCAAAGUGGCAACACAAUUACGGUUACAAUAACAGGAGGUAUGGCAAUCCGCAACAGCACAACCGGAAGCCGAUGAAUUUGAACCACAUUCAUAAUACUCACACACACACCCAGUUUAUGAUCACCCCGCACAGAAACAGUAUAUCUACUCCGUAUUUGCAAAAUAAUCAGAAUCAGAAUAUGAACAACUUGAAUACCAACAACUUGCGUGUACAUACGACUGAAAAGAGACCGAGUCUGCAAGAGACCAGCUUGCAGCAGUUGCAGAAAACGUUGCAACGUACGCACAGUGCGCCGCGGGAUCAUUUUUUGGGACAGUCCGCUAACGGGACGAACGAAACAACGGAACCGGAAAUCGUUUCUCGUUUGGAAUCUCUCUGCUUGAGAAUGACUGAGCAAGCGAUCGGCGGAUUUGGUGAGGCCUAAUCUUCCAUAUUCAUGUCCUAGAAUUUAUCGUAAGUUCCGUUAGAGCAAUUCUUUUCGGAUUUUCGAUUCCGAAAACUCAUUUUAGAGAAACUCUGUUUGCCAAAACACGAGCGAGCGAGAUAGCGCGUGUAAGUCAUUGAUUUUAAAGUGAGAGUUUCAACGACACAUAUUAUUUGUGCGAAUAUCCCUGCGUGAAUAAUACUUACGCUUUAAUAGCUCUACCAAAUGGAAAAAAAAUGUCCGACACGUGCGACAUUGCUAAGCGCGCACGCGAAAGAGAAAGAGAGAGAGAGAGAGUGAGAGAGAAAUAGACAUGAGGUCACUCAGUGAAGAUCGAGUGACUCUUACACUUACACGUGUAAAUUGUAUUUUUUAUUAUAUCUGAUGCAAUUUACUAUUUAAUUGACAAAAUUUGGCAAGCCAAAUGUUAUUAAGGAGAUAGAUUCUUUCCUCGACUCUAUUUGCUGCAUCCGUAUAUAUAAAUAUAUUAUAUAAAAAGAAGUAUAUAUAUACACAAUGCGUAUGAUAGAAUUUUAUGAGAAAGGAAUUUUAAAACAUAUAAAAAUGCGAGAAAUGAAAGGCGGAAAAAAUGACAUUACAUCACCAUGCGAUGUUCUGCAAUAUUAUUUUUCGUGUUAUCCAUUUUGAGAAAUGGAAUUCGUCUGAUUUUAUGCGCCUGAACACAUUAUAACAACGUAAUGUAAUUCAUUUUUAAUAACUGGACUGAUUUUACUUCUUUUUAAUCUUAUUACUAUUAUUAUUAUUAUAUUUUUAUUAUUAUUACUAUCUACAUCACUAUAACUAGCGCUACUAUUGCUCCUACUACUAUUAUCGCUACUACUAUUAUUGCUACUUCUACAACUAUUGCUACUACUACUACUACUACUAUUACUACUACUACUACUAUUCCCACUACUAUCGUCACUAUUAUUACUCUUACAAACACCACUACUGUUACUCUAUCGCUCUUACUAUUACUAUACUGUUAUAACUCCGUUUAGAACGAGGAUAUUUAAAAGGUUGCCACUCUUGGUCGUAUAAGUUCAUUCGCGCAUAUCCUUACAACUUAAUCUCACCUUGUGCCGAAAAGCACGUACGGCAGCGUGUAUGCUUCGUAGUUUGCGCACAGAUCUCGUGAUACGUUUAAUUUGGUUCAGCAAUUUUACUUCCCCCCCCCCGUUCCUUGUUUUUUUUUUUCACGUUUUUAUGAAACGGUAAGCUACUAUAAACGCAAGUAAAUAAUACAAUAAGGGAUAUUAAAGGCCUUAUAACGUGAAAGGAAACGAGCGAAGAACAUGUAAGGAGUGUAGAAAUUUGAUAUUAUAAAAGUAGCAGUGAAAUUUUUGAGGGGCAAACUGGCGCUACGCAUCGUGGCGCGACAUCGAAAUCUGUGGCUUUAAAUUAUAAGCAUACAUCGUAUCUAAUCUACUUAGCAUGUUAAAGUAGCGUCGCGAGUAAUGUAGCGUAAUAUUUUUUCGUGCAACCAGAAAAUUAAAUUUAUUAAAUUGCAUAAUGUUAGUGAGUAAAAUAAUCGAUUAAUGUGAAGUAUAAGAAAAAAAAAAAAUAACGAAAGACUGAUUAAUUCACGCGCCACGAUCCGUCGGUUUAGAUUUCUGGAUGCUUCAUUAUCCUUCCGUUCGCACGGAUUUUGUGCGCGUGAAUAAAUAUUGGAAGACUGUGAAGAGGAAAAACUUGUACAAAUAUUAAGAAUUAGCGAGCGAGAGAGGGAGAGAAAGAACGAAGGAUAGAUGGAAAAAAAAAAAAAAAUCGAGCGAAAGAAUUACCGAAGUUGAAGAAGAUAAAGCUAGUUAAUUAGUAUAUAUUAUAGUGAUUAUUGUAACAAUUAUAUUCUGCUAGAGGAUAAUACGUGUAAGACCACGCGGUGAUUUCUCGAAUCCAGGAAAUAUCCUGCUAAGAAGAGCUAAGAACUGUCUAUAGUUAGUGAUAUAAUCGAUACACAAGAGGAAUAACCAUACUUAAUCAUCAUUUCAUUUCACACACGCGUUACGUUUUACUCGAUCAAGCGGCAAUAGCAGCAGCACCAAACAACAUCCGAUCAGUCAUAUAUGUAUAUAUAUAUUAUUACAUAUACAUAUAUCGCGGACAAUUUCAAGAGAAAUGAUCAAAAGCUAGUCAAACGAUACGUUUCUAAUUUCUACCAGUUAACCUGUAUAGUUAAUUAAUUGUACAUUAAAUCUGCGAACAUAUAAGACACAUGUAUUUACACACACACACACACACACAUUACAUCUACACAGACACACAUACACACGCGCGCGCGCGCAUACAUCACAUAUACACACUACACUCAUCAAGUCACGUACACACAUACGCAUUUCACUAUGUUAUACAAGCACGCAAUAAAUAAAGCGACCCGAGCGAGAAUGCAUGCGAGAAAGCUCAAAGACUGCUCCUAAACGACAUCAGGAAUUUCAUUCAGUGUAGAAUUACUACUUAUAUCUCAUCUAAUCGAAGCGCAUCAUCUAAUCUCCAACUGACAAAGGCAGGACCUGAACUUUAAUAGAGGAUGCAGAGAGAUUUUAUCCGCGAUAUAUAGCGAUCAGAGCUAGAAGAAAAGGGAGAGGAAGAAAAAAAAAAGAAAAAAAAAAGUGUAAAUCAAUCCUGCCGAGGGUCGGAACCGCCGCUACGUUAAUUUUCUGCCAGUUUGAUUGUCAUUAAUCUAUUCGCCAUCGUUGUUUGUGGUAAGCUUCACGGUGUAGUAUAAACAUAUGUACUUAGUACUUACUCACAGCCGUUGUCAGGAUCGCCGGACACCUUGUCUCGCUCAAAAUUAACUAUCAGCGGCGGUUAUUUCGUGGCUGUUUGAAGUUACGUGGCUGGCGAUGCGCACGAACGAGCGAUAACGAAUUGUAAUGCAAUGUAAAUCGAUAAAGUGUUUUGAUCAAUGCUUUAGAUCUUAAGUUGAAAAAUCACAAGGAGUUCACAGAAAUAAUUCUCUUCGAAUAACGGCGGAAGGAAAGUGUCGAAUGUCAGCGACAGCCGGCAAGCCGCACCAUUUUCCGACGACAAGAGUCGCGCGAAGAGGUUAACGAAAUUUUUCCAUCCGAAGAACCGGUACCUGAAUAUUAAAUAGAAUUAUCAGGUCAUUAAUUCUAUUAAUGCGCAAGCACUGAAAAAUCUCGCAUCCAACUCCUUGUGCUUUUCCAAUUUAUUAAUGGACCUAUAUGUAAACACGUGUGCACAUUUUAUUUUAUUUGACUCGUUACUUUCAUAUCGAGUUUGUCGACCAUUAGAUGGUAGUAAAAUGUACCACGUUCGCUGUGUUCUGUUAUCCGCUCGUUAAACCUCGGUUCAGGAUAGACGAAAGUAGAUAUGUGCGGGGGCAAGAGUUCGCGGGAUACUCUUUGGUCGGAUACUUGCAGCAAUCAGCUUCUCAGAGUUGCGCACUGACGAUUGGUAGUAAUCGCCACGGGUGAUUUUUCUCGAUCGCGAUUUCGAGCACCAGACGAUGCGAGUUUCCGGCUGAAGGCGUCCACGACUACCCAGAUAGCAAAUGGUAAUUUGUAUCCGGCGCAAUCAAAGCCGGAUCGCGUUGCAGCGACUGAUUUUGCUUUAAAGGGAAAAGGAAAAAAGGGAAAAAAACGCGACCGGAAAGCGCGCCGCGAGACGCUUUCUUUUUUGUACGCGGGGAUUCGCACCCUCGCCGGAGUACUAGUGUUCACGUUUUGCCGCAGCUUCUCCGGAUGAUACUAGAUAAGCUGUAUUAAGACCCUUCGAAUUCGUCAGAUUGCUAACUGGGAUACCUUAGUCACAUAAGUAAGCUGGGCAACUUGUAAAAAAUGCAAUUUUUGUACUGUUAUAAAAAGUUAAAUAGACGAGGGUACACUGACGUUGUAGCGUGAAGGAACAUUUUUCAAUAAAAGAUUUUUCAUACGCAUA